AUGACAAACCUCAAGUUUUUCUGCUCUGCCUUUUCCCCCUCUUCCCUGCAGAUACGUCACGACGGAUCAAACGGCUACCGUCUGAUGCAGCUCGGCUGUCUGGAAUCCGUCGCCAACUCCACCGUCGCCUACUCCUCCUCCUCUCCGCUCACCUACUCCACCACCGGCACCGAGUUCGCGGCCCCCUACUUCUCCACCAACCACCAGUACACCCCGCUGCACCACCAGUCCUUCCACUACGAGUUCCAGCACAGCCACCCGGCCGUCACCCCCGACGCCUACUCCCUCAACCCGCUGCACCCCUCCCAGCAGUACUACCAGCAGCUCCACCACGGGGAGCCCGCCGACUUCAUCAACCUGCACAAUGCCCGCGCCCUCAAGUCCUCCUGCCUGGACGAGCAGCAGCGGCGCGAGCUGGGCUGCCUGGACGCGUACCGCCGCCACGACCUGUCCCUCAUGAGCCACGGCUCCCAGUAUGGAAUGCACCCCGACCACCAGAGACUCGUGCCCGGGCCUAGCCUGGGCCUGGCCGCCGCGGGGGCCGACGACCUGCAGGGCUCUGUAGAAGCUCAGUGCGGGCUCCUUCUCAAUGGCCAAGGUGGAGUGAUAAGGAGAGGUGGCACUUGUGUGGUCAAUCCCACGGACUUGUUUUGCUCGGUUCCUGGCCGUUUGUCCCUGCUCAGUUCGACGUCCAAAUACAAGGUGACCAUCGCGGAGGUGAAGAGACGCCUCUCGCCCCCAGAGUGCCUCAACGCUUCGCUCCUGGGAGGCAUUUUGCGAAGAGCAAAAUCUAAGAACGGAGGCCGCUGCCUGAGGGAGAAGCUGGAUCGCCUGGGCUUGAACCUGCCGGCUGGAAGACGGAAAGCUGCCAACGUCACCCUGCUCACUUCCCUGGUGGAAGGGGAAGCGUUGCACCUUGCGCGGGAUUUUGGCUACACGUGUGAAACCGAGUUUCCAGCCAAAGCAGUAGGAGAGCAUCUCGCCCGGCAACACAUGGAACAGAAGGAGCAGACAGCACGGAAAAAGAUGAUCCUAGCCACCAAACAAAUUUGUAAAGAAUUCCAAGACCUCCUGAGUCAAGACCGGUCACCACUAGGAUCUUCCAGACCUACUCCCAUUCUCGACCUCGACAUCCAGAGACAUUUAACCCAUUUCAGUUUGAUCACUCAUGGCUUUGGGACUCCUGCAAUCUGUGCGGCCCUGAGCACGUUCCAGACCGUCCUCAGUGAAAUGCUGAACUACUUGGAAAAACACACGACUCACAAAAACGGAAGCGCAGCGGAUUCCGGCCAAGGACAUGGUACCUCGGAGAAGGCUCCCCUGCGGAAGAGCUCAGAGGCCGCCAUGAAAGAGGGCAAAACAGAAAAGACAGACUAG